AUGUUCAUGCGGAACGGAUGGGUCUCGGAUGCUCCGUUCACGCUCAACGGAAGGACCGGAUUCGAAUGCACCAGCUACAUUUAUCUGGGUCAGCGAAUUGAAUAUGAUGAACGACGCGAUCCGCAGGUUCGUCAGGAGGAGACAGCUAAGGAAGCGUAUAAGAGCAUCGAGGAUGUAGUGAAGAAGGCCAGCAACACCCAGCUCCGUGAUGCACCUCUUCAACGAUAA